AUGGGUUCAACGACUUCUGUUUUUUCCGGCAAUGACGACGAUGAAUACGAACAAGAAGAUUGCGAUAGUUCAGUGGGGUCUAAUCAUCCUGUUCUUGAUGUCAUACUUCUCUCCGACAAUGAAGAUGACGAGGUUGAAUCUUCAUCCUCUAAGAUUGAUGCUUCCAGCCAUGAAGAUAUAACCGGCGAUGAAGUACAAGAAACCGAAACGGGAAUCACACAAUUCCGGUCGCCGGCGUUUGCUGAGAACCAGUGUGGUGAAAUCGAAUUAACAGAGAAGAAACAGAAAGAAGGUGAAGAAGAAAAAAGAAGAGUGGAAUGGGUGGGUGGAAUAUGGUUUGAUGAUUGUUGA